CCACAUCUUCAGUUGGAAAAAGAAGAGCGGUUCGAAGUCGAGCGGGCACCGUUUGCAGCAACAAUGAAAGUUUUCCUUGUGCUUGCCCUCUGUUUGGCCGUCGCCGCCGCCGAAGACAAGAAGGAGGAGGAAAGGCCCAAGACUUUCAAGCGCCUGAUUCCCGCCGACGUCCUCAGAGAUUUCCCCGGAAUGUGCUUCGCUAGCACGAAAUGCGCCACAAUCGAACCUGGCAAAACCUGGGAACUGCACCCCUUCUGUGGCCGCUCGACUUGCGUAGUGUCCGAAGACAAGCCCCCACGUCUUCUGGAACUCGUCGAAGACUGCGGUCCACUCCCACUGGCCAACCCCAAGUGCAAGCUGGACGAAGAAAAGACCAACAAAACUGCCGCCUUCCCUGACUGUUGUCCAGUGUUCAAGUGCGAAGAGGGAGCCAAACUGGAAUAUCCCGAAAUUCCAACCGUCGCUCCAGUCCCUGAAGCUAGUUCCACAACCCCUAAGGCUUAAAUUAAUCUGAUGUUUUUUAUAUUAAACAAAUUCUGCUGUUUUACAGUUAGUGAUGAAAAACUUAGGUAGUGAGACAAAUUAGGUGUCUUUGUAUGUGAUACAUUUUUAUUUUUUUUUGUAUGAUGAAUGAAAUUUCCGGUUCGUAUCAAGUUGAUUUUACUAUUCACAAUUGUCUGUUAAUUUGUCGGCGUGAUUCGGAAAUAAAUUAAUUUAUUAAAACAAA